AUGUCCCGUAUCCUGAGGCGCCCCUCCGCUUCAUCUGACCCGACGGACGACCUCACACCAGCACAGAAGCGCAUGUACGCUUCUGAGAAGCUCACGAACUUCCGAACUAUCGCGAAACUGUGCGCAACGCAGUCCACUUACACCCUGACUUCCCUCGAUCUCGCGUCUGCCGACUUGUACGUCCGGCUUGCAGAAUUCAAACAGUUUGUCAUGAUGUCGUCUUGCGCUCUUUCGCCGCAAAUCGUGUACGCGAACCUUGGGAUACUGAUGCAAUCCAAGUUUCCGCUUGAAGGAUUCGACGCGAUACCGGGCACAAGCCUUGUGGAUGCUUUCCUUGGCACCGUUGCGGACGUCCCCGGCAUAGUCGUCUAUCGUGGGCACAUUGAGCAGCUCGUAGUCGGGUUCUCGUCCACCGCUACCAUCAAGCAGGCGCUGUACGACAUGUAUGCAAUCAAACAGCCAUAUCUUUACGAAAAGGGCCCUUGCAUACAUGCAGGGUUCUGGAAAAUGUAUGAGGGCUGCCGAUCAGAGGUACUCCGUAUUGUCCAUAGGAGCCUCCAAAGACAUCGUGUGCGGGAGCUAGCCAUUGUAGGGCACAGCAUGGGGGGUGCCCUGAGCUACUUAUUCGCUCUGGACGUAUUAAUCGGAGACGCCGCUCUAUCAGACUAUUGGCAAGAUUUGGUGAAUGCGUACCAGGCCACAAAUGGGAAAGGUUCCGUGAAGGAGUACUGCGUGAAGACCUUGAAUGACGGAGUUCCCUCGCUCCCGUCGGUCAGCUGGGGGUAUAAACAUCUCACGCGGACGCCGUUGUACUUCCAUCAUGGCCGCCUGUUCAAUGUGCCUUCUUCAGAAUGCGAACACGGCGUGUUUUCCGUUGCGGAUGAUGCAUUGGACCGGACACGAAGACCGGAGCACCCGAGAGGGGGACAUAAUUAUUACAACGGGGUGGACGCGGAGAGGGUGAUCCGACGGAUAUAUUGGAUGGCCAAAUUGUCGAAAGGCACGACUGGCUGGGAAGAGGCGUACUUGGCCAAGAUUACUGAGAUUGAACAAGCGUGGCAAGAGGACGGGGGUGUUGCGCCGCGAGAUGUGAUAUAG